AUGCAUCUCACCAAGACCCUCCUCUCCCUUCUCCCGGUCUCCCUCGCCCUCGCGAGCCCAACACCUCGCUCCGCCGGCUCCAAGUCCAUGAGGUCCGACGAGCCUGACUGGAUCAUUGAGUCUCUCAAGCGCGCCUGUAACGACGCCGAUACUCAGUGCGACUGGUCUUUCCGCAUCAACACCCAAGACGCCGCCACCACCACAGACUGUGCCUUCUCCGUCCAAGGCAAUCCGGCCUCCCACACCAACGGAGCUGUCGUCCAGUGCGGCGUCUUUUCCGUCCAAUCUGGGUACAAUGAUCAGGUUGGAGAUCCAUUCUCCGCCUUGUCCAUUUCCUACGAGGCCCGGGACCUCAUCAUCUUCCCUUCGUACUCUGAGGCGCAGCUCGCAGGUGGACAGAUCGUCUCGCCUGAUCAGCGUUACUCCCCGAUAAAUAUCGGUAUCCCUUAA